AUGGAACGGAGAGUGCUAUUCGCUCUUAACAAAACUCUGAAGCGCAAACACGACGAAUCUGACCUUAGCGAAGAGUCAGUCUCACCAAUAUCAAGUACAGAUCAAGAUGAUGCAGAAGGCACACCCGAAAUCAGUGAUCGGGCUGGUAUGAAGGCACCCGGGGCUCAUCUCCAUGGCAAUGUUGCUAGUAAAUUUCAAGAUCUUGAUAUACAAUGCCAAACCACGAAAAGCGAGGGGUUUCGGAGUCACUCCCCCACAAGACACGACAUACAGUCUCGGAAACCGGAGCUUCCAUUAGAGCCUUCCACAGAUGGGCAAAACUCUAUAAUAAAUAAUGAUAGCGAUGAUUUGAAGCGGACAGGUUCUACCGUGGGGCCAUUAAUAUCUUCCAACAAAGGCUUUCCGGAGGUAGCGGACCCUUUGCACUUGGGUUCACCGCCUCCUACAUUCAAUGAAACUACCGAUACGGAGGCCAACGAAGAAUCAUUGACCUGGGAUGACUCAGAAAUAACGGGACAUCAUGCUUUAGACCCUAAUGAUGAUGGAUAUGGACUCAAUGGAGUGGGAUUCAAGCCAUCAGCUGAAGUGGCGUGGGCUAGGUCCCAACAUCGAAAAGACCAGGUAGCUGAAUGGAAGAGACGUAUGGCUAGUGAGGCACGCGAAGCUCGGAGCAGACGAAGGCAGAAGGAUGAUGAUAGUGGCGACCCCAUAGCAAAAGGCUUCCCCAAACAGAAGAGAGUCAAGUUUGAUGCCUAA